UGGAUUGUUGUGGUUUGCCAGGAUGGAGCGCCCAACCCAGACCGGAUACAACUACCACCUGGGUAUGGAAAACAUUUGAUCUUGCCCUAAAGGUUUGGGGGAUUAGUAAUAAUUUAAUAUCUAAUAAAGUUAAUAUUCAUUAUUAUGACAGUGAUCUUCCAAGUGAACAAAUUGCGUUAAUGUCUU